ACCUUUGACUUUCUGGCCACAAGCUCACAUCAUUUUCUCUCCUCUCUCUCUUUUUUUCAAUAAAAAAUGACAAAAAAAAAAUUAAACAACAAUAGACGUGGGGAAAUGCAUCCAUAGUCUUCUCUCCUAAUAUUCGAAUAAUUUCUUUUUAUUUUAUUAUGUAAUCCAUGGAUCAAUUAUUAGCUAGAUCUCAUGGAUGGUCAUUACAUCCGUAGAAGGUGAUGACUCCCUUUGGUCUUCUCAAAAAGGGGAGAGGUAGAAGCACAGGGAAAUGAUUGUUUUCAGAAGAUUGGGGCUUGCUAUGUAAAUGAAUACUCAUCAAGAAAAUCACGACCCCAGCAACCAGCCAGGUCCCUUGAGUCCAUGGAAAAGGCUGGAAAAUCUGUUGAGUCAACCGGCCAAUAGAUUUUGCGCUGAUUGCGGCUCUCCAGAUCCAAAAUGGGUAUCGUUGAGUCUUGGAGUAUUUAUUUGUAUCAAGUGUUCUGGAGUUCAUAGAAGCCUUGGAGUGCAUAUAUCAAAGGUCUUAUCAGUGAAGCUAGAUGAGUGGACAGAUGAACAGGUUGAUUCUUUGUCUGCUGGGGGUGGUAAUGCUGUGGUAAAUAUGAGAUAUGAAGCUUUCUUGCCUGAAAAUUUCAAAAAGCCAAGACCAGAUUCUUCUAUAGAGGAACGCUCUGAUUUUAUCAAGAGAAAAUAUGAGCUGCAACAGUUUGCAAACUCUAAUGGGUUGAUUAUAUCUACAACACCUGGUAGUUUGAGCACAACUUUACAGAACAAUGUUUCCAUUAAAAGCUUUGAGAAACAACCCACUGGCCUUCGUCAUGGACUAGGUCAUGCAUUCCGAAAUAGCUGGAGAAGGAAGGAGUCUGAGCAGAAGGCGAUUAAAAAAACGAUGGGUAUGGUUGAAUUUGUUGGUUUGAUCAAGGUCAACAUUAUAAGAGGUACCAAUUUAGCUGUUCGAGAUGUGAUGACUAGUGAUCCUUAUGUCAUCCUCAAUUUGGGACACCAAUCAAUGAAAACACAGGUAAUAAAGAGCAAUUUGAAUCCCAUAUGGAAUGAAAGACUGAUGUUGUCAAUCCCAGAUCCUAUCCCACCUCUGAAGCUGCAAGUGUAUGACAAGGAUACAUUCUCAACCGAUGAUCGGAUGGGGGAGGCUGAAAUAGAUAUCCAACCACUGGUCUCAGCAGCCAAAGCUUAUGAAAAUUCUACUAUUUCCGAGUCCAUGCAGCUUGGGAAAUGCCUGGUCAGUGAUGAUAAUACAUUAGUCAAGGAUAGUAUCAUUUCACUUGAUAAUGGCAAGGUAAAGCAGGAGAUCACCCUCAAACUUCAAAAUGUCGAACGUGGUGAAUUGGAGAUCGAACUCGAAUGUGUACCCCUAAGUCAAUAAUCACCGGAGAGGUACAAAGUAUUGUAGUACAAACUCUGGCCUUUCAUUUUGACAUACAAGACCUGUGGGAAUCUUAGCUUUAUUCCCACGUAUUAUCUGAUUUAUAUGUCACAGAACUUUUUAGUUG